AUGGGUUCAGAGGUGAAGGUUAAAGUUGUUCACAAAGAAACAAUUAGACCAUCCUCUCCAACUCCUCACCACCUUCGAUUUUUCAGCCUGUCAAUUUUUUAUCAGCUUUCCCUUCCACUUUAUGUCCCACUACUUCUGUUUGAUCCCAACAAUGAUGAUCACCAGCAUUCUUUUGUUGUUCAAAGAACUAAGCUUCUGAAAAGUUCACUAUCCGAAUCUCUCACCCGCUUCUACCACUUUGCAGGAAGAGUUUUAGAUAAUGCUUCAGUCUGUUGUAAUGACCAAGGAGUUAUGUUUCUUGAAGCUAAGGUCAUAUGUACCAUAUCAAGGGUUUUGAUCACACCUAAUCCUGAGUUGCUGAAAAACUUGAUUCCUUCAGGAGCUACAAAACGAGACACAGGCUAUGAUCUUCUACUAGUCCAGAUCAACUUCUUCGAAUGUGGUGGACUCGCAAUAGGAUUCAAUGACUCACAUAAGAUCAUUGAUGCCUGCACACUCAGCAAAUUCGUUGACAGUUGGGCGGCUAAUACCAUUGGACUGAAUACCGGUGAUGAUGGAGUGAUGUGCAUUCAUCAACUUCACAAUGUUGCAACAGCUUCUGUUUUCCCACCACUGGAUUUCUUCAGCAUACCGCCACCCAUUUUGGAGUUUCCUCUUGCAAUGUGUACGACAAGGAGAUUUUUGUUUGAGUCCUCAAAGAUUGCACGUCUCAAGUCUCAAGCUGUCAGUGCUUUAGUGAAAAAUCCUACCCGAGUUGAAGUCGUAUCAGCAUUGAUAUGGAAAUGUGCAAUGCAAACAUCAAGAGCAAACACGGAUGGUAGAAGACUUCCAUCAGCAUGGUGUAAAAAAGUGAACAUGCGGAAAGUAUUGGCGCACCCUUCUGCAGAAAACUUAAUAGGUAAUCUUUUAGGGUGUUUUGUAGCAAAAUCAACAGGAGCUGAAAGUGAUGAUAUUCAAGGCCUAGUUGCAGAAAUGAGGAAGGAGUUAGAUGACUUUAAGGAAAGCUAUAGUACUAAUGAUGUCGGCGUGGAUGAUAUGUGUGAGCUCUUAGCAAAGUUUGGGGAGCUGAUGCAUAAGGAUGAUAUAGAGAUUUAUAAUCCCACUAGCUGGUGCAGGUUACCAUUCUAUGAAGCUAAUUUUGGAUGGGGAAAGUCACUGAUGAGUAUUCCUGCUACUGAAGAAUUCAAGAAUUUAAUUUUAUUAACAGAUACGAGUGAUGGAGAUGGCAUAGAAGCACGCUUGACUUUGAAAGUAGAAGACAUGGCCAUAUUUGAAAACAAUGAGGAGUUGCUGGCAUAUGCAUGCUUCUAUCAUUUUGGUAUUAGUAGUCAGGCACUCAAGCACGGAAGUCAUGUUUGUCGUUAG